CCACGCAGCGACCUUACCCUUUCUGAGCUUGCGACGCUUUCCCCUUCUUCCGUGUUAAAGGAUCAAGAGUGAAGAGUUUGGGGAAGAAGUUGAGGCACAAUGAAGCGUCUACUGGCAAAGGGAGGCGCCAAGGGCGAUCUCACUCCUUACCAGCCUGAUCAGAGGGACAGCCCGGACUCUUACCAAGGCUAUCCCUCGCCUCAGCAAAGUCAUCGGAUACCCUUGGGCGACAGUGGGAAUACAGGAUACAUCCCUCGCCAGGUCAACCGGAGAUCAUAUCAGGUGCCCACAGCGUCCCCGCAGCCUCUGCAGGCCUCUAUGCAUUCAACGUACCCUGCAUACGAGGAGGACGAGGCUCAGCACCAUCAGUACGGCUCCCACCCUCCUCAACACGGUCGUCGGGCAUCUCAAGGCCGCGAGGCGCUCCCUGAAAGUCGCAGUCAGCAAGCGAUAUCAGGAGCGGUAGGGCAUCAUAGACCUGGCUUUCCACCCUCUUUUGGGAGCUCAUACGAUGGCAGAGCAGAGGGUCAGAUCACUCGGGAAACGCCCAGUAAGAAGGAAGGAGGUCUGUUCAAAGGCCUCAGGCGGCAUCAGAAGACGGCUUCGCGUACGCCAUCCUCUCAUAUGGAGGAAUUGAGCAUGCAGCGCUCUUAUUCCAACAGCCCCGAGAGCUCACAGUUCUUCGCAUCCGAUGCACAGCACGUGCGCAGCCAUGGCCCAUCACGCAGUGGCUCAUCUGGGUCCAGGGAGGAAGCAAACGCAGUCCGCAAUGGACCUGCAGUCUACGAGUCCUACGGCAUGUCCAGCGGAGAAGGUCUGCGCAGCUCUCACAGUCUCAACCGAGGUGAGAUGGACCGCCAGCCCGAAUCGAAGAAGCCAGGCGUGAAUAGAAUGUGGGCUGGACUGGCUGCAAGAGGCAGAGCCAUUGAGACUAUGCUUCACCAGGAAGACAAAAGCGCCGAUGCCUCCAGAACUGGCUCUCCACAAGCAUCCGGCAGGAAUGAUGUUUAUGCACAGAAGGUCAUUCCGCUAGGCCCGCAGAAGAAGGACAAGUGGUUCGAUCUCAAGGGCAAAGGAGGUGCUGCCCUGAAAGGGAGGACGCAUGAGGAGGGCGAAGUCACCGCGAAGAUCGGCUGGCUCUGCUCCGACAGAGCUUCGAAGUCGGACUGGUCGCACAUCCUAUCCUUCGCCGACACACUAGCCAUCUCAGAGGAAGCUAGUAAGGAAGCCUGCCAGGCUUUGCGGAGAGAGUUCAAGCUUGGAGAGCCCGAGUCACAGAAGCGUGCUGUCAAGGUGUGGGCUGUGCUCUUUGUCAAUUCUUCGGACCUGUUCCGACUGCAGAUAGUGAAGAAGAGCUUCCUCGAGAUCCUCGAGCAGACGGUCAUUGACCCAAAGACAAGUCUCAAGGUGAAAGAGAGGCUGCUCGACGCCUGGGCUAUGCUGGCGUAUCAGUAUCAAGGCGUACCACAGCUCUCCGCUCUGACAAAGAGCUAUAACAGGGUCUGUCCCUCUGACAGAGCGAUGAACGGAGAGCCUCUUGACCUUGAGCAUGAGAUCUUCUCAGUUCCCUCUACGGACAUCGCAGUACAGCCAGCUCGACAAUCGCAGCAAUUCCAAGGCCAGGCACCCCAUCAACCUCCACAGCAGUCCAAUCAGCAGCAGGCGUUCUAUGAAGAUCGCCAUGCCGAGGUCAACGAACACAAUCCACAUGCAAUUGCUCAGGAUGAGGAAGAAGUAGACCAGUCAGAAGAAAGCGACGACGGCGAUGACCCUGACACGAUCGUGCUACUCUUCGAGGCAUGCGAGGUGGCUCGCUUAGACGCCAGUCUGCUCAUCGACAAUCUGACCUCCUGCGGACUACACUCUUCGGAAGUGCAAGAGCUGGUGCGACGAUGUCGGCAUUCUCUUGAGCUGCUGAAUAGCCAAAUGGAAUGGACCAAUCUGCAAGUUGCACGAGCACACUUUCGCUUGGCCGAGGAGCGGCUGCUGAAGGAGACGCAAGGUUCCGCCGAGCUACCCAACGGCUCUUCUGAAGGAAGGGAAGUGGUACAGGAGCGGCUGUUAGCGAGCAUGGAGGAAGCGCGAGGGAUGCUGGUGGGAUCAUUGGGUCUCGUGGAAGAGACUGAGAGAGAGGAGAGAGAGGAGGAAGAAGAGAGACGGGUGACGGAAUUGAGCAAGCACGACUUCCGCAUUGAUCGAUCAAUCCAAGUACAGGCGAGCUCCUCUCUGUCGGGAAGCUCUCUGUGCCAAUGCAGAGCGGCUCGAGUGCUCCGGCCUCAAGAGAGGCGUCUCCAAAGCAGCCCAUCCGUCCUCUCCCUCCCAUCUCCUCCAGCGCCGCGCCCGUACCUCCCCGAUCUGCAGAACGAGGAGCAGACCUCUUGAGCGACGGAGCAGAAGUAGGUCGUCGCCUCUCGAACCAAUCCGCUUCGAGCGCAGUACGCAUCGAUCGACCUAGCGUGCCCUCCCCUGCACAGGGUCAACUGCCGCUCCUGCCCUCGCAAAGGCUGCCUGUCAAUCUGCCCGUCUCGCCCUCCUUCCCGCCGCAGGGGA